UACAAUGGCCGGUGAUUCUAGGAACGCUAUGAACCAGGACAUGGAGGUUGGAGGCACUCCCAGGGACCCUAAGAAGAUUCCCAAACAAGCUCGAGAUUAUGUCCCUGUUGCCACAGACCGCACUCGCUUGCUGGCAGAAGGCAAGAAGCCCCGGCAACGCUACAUGGAGAAGAGUGGCAAGUGCAACGUACACCACGGUAAUGUGCAGGAACCCUGCAGGUACCUGAGCGACCUCUUCACCACCCUGGUAGACCUCAAGUGGCGCUUUAAUCUGCUUGUCUUCACCAUGGUCUACACCAUCACUUGGCUGUUCUUUGGGUUCAUCUGGUGGCUUAUUGCGUACAUACGCGGCGAUCUGGACCAUGUGGGUGACCAAAACUGGAUUCCAUGUGUUGAAAAUCUCAGUGGUUUUGUGUCUGCUUUCCUUUUCUCCAUCGAGACGGAAACCACAAUUGGAUAUGGCUUCCGGGUCAUCACAGAGAAGUGCCCGGAAGGGAUCAUUCUCCUCUUGGUCCAGGCCAUCCUCGGUUCCAUCGUCAAUGCCUUCAUGGUGGGGUGUAUGUUUGUUAAGAUCAGUCAGCCAAAGAAGAGAGCUGAAACCCUCAUGUUUUCCAACAACGCCGUCAUCUCCAUGCGCGACGAGAAGCUCUGCCUCAUGUUCCGGGUGGGUGACCUCCGAAACUCCCACAUCGUGGAGGCCUCCAUCCGGGCCAAGCUCAUCAAGUCCCGGCAGACAAAAGAAGGAGAGUUCAUCCCCUUGAACCAGACUGACAUCAAUGUGGGCUUUGACACUGGGGAUGAUCGUCUCUUCCUGGUGUCACCACUCAUCAUUUCUCAUGAGAUCAACGAGAAGAGCCCGUUCUGGGAGAUGUCCCGCGCUCAGCUGGAUCAGGAAGAGUUUGAAGUUGUGGUCAUUCUGGAAGGGAUGGUGGAGGCCACCGGCAUGACUUGCCAAGCACGGAGUUCCUACAUGGAUACUGAGGUACUCUGGGGCCACCGCUUCACACCUGUCCUAACCUUGGAAAAGGGCUUCUAUGAGGUGGACUACAACACCUUCCACGACACCUACGAGACCAACACUCCAAGCUGCUGUGCCAAGGAGCUGGCUGAAAGGAAGCGGGAAGGCCGGCUCCUCCAGGACCUCCCCAGCCCGCCCUUGCUGGGGGAUUGUACUGAAGCAGGGCCAGACGUGGAGGUGGAACAGCAGGACAGAGAGGAUGAGCCUGAGGGGCUUAGAGGACCCCAGGGGACAAGGGGCUCUGUGUGAGGACUGCAGUCUCCCCACAACCUCCCUUUCCUGGCUCUGUAGCAACCAGGAGGGUGAGUUAGCUCAAAUAUGGUGUUGUGGAACUAUGGAACUAUCAGGCUCUGUGGGGAGGGACAGUAUCUCCAUCCUUCAUUUUCCAGCUUAGUGCCUCCCUGAGAAGGCAGCCUCUUUCCUGGACCCACCAUGGCAGUGUUGCCUCUUUCCCCCAGCCUCUGUCAGCUCUGGCUAAGGGUCAUGGCUCAUUUCCCUCAGUGAAAGUUACAGGGUCACCUCUGUCCUCACAGGACCCUCUCUCUGCCUUCUAGUCUUGGGUUGCUUCUGUUCUUGAGGGGUUGACACCAGAGAGGGUGGCCCCCACCCUCUCCUCAAGCCUACCACCCUAAGGCAUGCAGUGGAUGCAGAAGGGACCAAUCCUGCCUCCCUGGGGUCCCACAUGUUCAGGUCUGGGAUGGGCAUAGAGUGCCUAUAAGGGAGUGAAAUCUGUCCAAGUCAUGCGAGCAAUCCCUUUAAACCUGAAAUCAACCACCAUUUGUUGACUGCUACAGAGUAUAAGACACCUGUCAUUUUCUGUGAGUUGGGAACAUUUUCCCCUCUGCUGUUCUGUAUCCAAUAUAACCUAUUGUUGGAUUGAUCUUGUCAGAGUGACUGUGAUCAACUCACAUAAAUGAGUGUGGACAUGCCUAAUACAUAGCUGGCACAUUCUCAAUCAAAAAGAGGAAUUUUUUCCCUAGAAGCUUUGGUCCAAGAACCUCAAAGUACUUACAACUUUCCCUGUGGGCUUCUUCCAGAACCUCAGGAUGCCUCUGGUGCGAUCUGGGGGAAGGCUGAGUUUCAGAGGGAAAGAUGAGUCUGUGACUGCUGAAACAGGAAGGGUCAGAGGGCAGAAAAAGGACAAUAUAUAAAACUUCAAAAUAAACACCUGUUCAAGUUG